GCAGCCUUCGUAAUAUCCAAUGCACGACACAAGAAAACCAUUUCAAUUUCUAUUAGGUUUCUUCCAAUCUCAAUAAAAGGAACGAUAUUUAUUCUCCGAUCCGUGUUCUUCUCCUCAUACCCACUCGUUUCAAUUCACCAUGAUCAAUAUCAUGAUGGUCGCCGAUACCGUAGUCGUAACCGCAGCCAAAGGCCUCGGUGUCCUCCGCGCCUGUCAAUCCACCUGUAACCUUCCCCUCACCGAUUCGGCUGCCGAUCAGAUCUCCGCCAUGAUCCAGCCUUACGACGCCGUCGCACCGCCGCCCGUAAAGCCCUCUACUUACAGGCUACGACGCCGAACACUGCUCCGGAGAAAACAACGAACCAAACGGAUAUCACCCGAUGGCCUCUCCGGGGACGCCGGGGACGACGGGUUCCUCUUCGGUGACAGUGGAGACGGUUAUUUUGGUGGCGGUGGUGGCGGAUCCGGUGGUGGCGGCGGCAGUGGUUGGAAUUUCAAUAGAUUUGGGGGUGGUCACAAUUGGGAUGAACCCUCAUCUUCAGUUCCGGAUCCUGCUUUUGAUUUUGUGUAUCAGGUGCUGUCGUGGAUUAUGCUUUCGAAUUGUUUGCAUUUCGCGGUUAAGAAGAUCAUUCGAAUUGUUGCGGCGGGAUCGAUUGUGGAUUCCGGUAGGGAAAAGGUUCCCGCCAGAUUGGUUCCAAUUUGCUGAUUUGGUAUCUUCAAACGAACCCAUAGACAUCGUAGAGCAAAUCAUUAUUCGUGAUUACGCAUUGCAUCUGUGUUUAAUUGUGCAUUUGCUGUACAUACAUUGUAUAUAAUAAUUUGUCAUUUAAUAUUUAGUUGACGAAUUUCAAAGUAAUUAUUUUUCUGUAUUUACAUUUAAUUGUGUAAUGUUUAGUUGAAGUAACAAGUUUCCAGAUUGCGAUAGCAUCAUUUCGGGUAGAACUGCAUCCAAGGAAUGCAUUGUCCCUGUUUCAUGUUUUGGAUAUUAGUCAUGUAGAGAGACAAACAUUUUCGGGUGCCCUUGCUCAUAGUUAUAACCUCAAUAGUCUAAAUCGAGACCUAAAUCCAGGUCACAUUAACCUAUUUAUAAUGCGUCUAUUCGGGGUUGGUGCCAACAAUUUACCAUUUAGUGCUGUUGGUUUUAUGGUUGUUCUGUUUUGUUAAUGAUUCGUAGUGAAUGGAAUACGGGACUUUUAUA